AUGCCUGGGUCUAACAGUCCUGUCACCAACGUCAACAGCAACGAUAUUCGAUGUAAUGUGGGUGGCACCAGAGGUGUCUCAGGCAAGUGUGCUGUAAAAGCUGGUUCCAUUGUAACAGUUGAGAUGCACGCGCAACCCGGUGACCGAAAGUGUGGCAGCGAGGCGAUUGGAGGGGCCCAUUAUGGCCCAGUGAACGUGUAUCUCAGCCAGGUUUCCGACGCCUCAUCAGCCGACGGAUCUACCCCGUGGUACAAGAUCUUCGCAGACUCAUGGUCAGCCAAGGGCUCAGUCGGAGAUGCUGAUAACUGGGGCACAAAUGAUCUCAACUCCUGUUGUGGAAAGAUGGACGUCCCGAUCCCAGCUGAUACCCCUGAUGGUGAUUAUUUACUUCGUGCCGAAGUCAUAGCUCUACACACGGCAUCGUCAGCAGGCGGUGCACACGUCACUGGUGGCUCGGCCAAGGCUGCUGCCCUACCGGCCGGCGUCAAGCUUCCCGGCGCCUUCAAGAGCAGCGAUCCUGGUAUCCAAAUCAACAUCCAUAGUAAGGUAAGCAACUACGUGAAUCCAGGUCCAGCCGUCAUCGCUAGCGGUACCACGAAGCAGGCCGGCUCAGGCUGUUCGGCUGGUUGUGCGAAGACUUGUGCUGUUGGCUCGGGACCUGUCGGGACCGCUAUCGGAUCUGCCCCUAAGCCUACUUCUGGCGCUGGUGGGGGUCAAUCUGGAUGUGCGCAGGCCAUGUACCAACAGUGUGGUGGUCAAGGGUAUACGGGAUGCACGGCAUGUGCUGAAGGCCUUACUUGCAAAGAGGUCUCCGCGCCGUAUUACUCCCAGUGUGCUUAA